AUGUCAAAUAAAAGUUUUAGUGAAGAGGCUAAUUCAAUCAACCGUUCUCAUAAAAAUCCUUUUAAGUUAUGCAAAAAUCUAGGCUGUAGUAAAUUGCCACUUGAGCAAGAGUAAAAUUCAAUUAGACUUUGCUCCAUGCACCUUAUAUUGGAGUUUAUCUCAAAAAUUCGUUCUGGUUUUAAGAAGAAAUACAUAAGUCUAUCAAACUCAAAUAUGAUUUUAAAAUCAAAAUUUUCAAAAAUCCUAUCACCAAAAAAGUUUAGGGAAUUUUUGGCUUCAAUAAAGAUCAGCUACUCAGUAACCGAGCUUAGAGAAUUCAUCAAAGUUUAUGGGUUUUUGCAUGAAGAUGGAGAAUAUAAAAUUUCCAUUGAAGUUUUAGAGAAAAUUCUUUCACGAACAGCUCACAAAAAGCAAUCAGCAAGAUCAUCUGAAAGAGGUGUCAAGAAAUCAAAUAUUGUGAUUGCCCGAGGAUGGCGCUAUCUUACACCAUCCUCGGGCAAUUUAAAAAAUGGAACCACACCGGGAAUUGAACCCACGUGUGGGGCCAUUUUUGGUACGUGGAAGUCGAUGUUCUCCACAUACCAAAAAUGGCCCCACACGUGGUUCAAUUCCCGGUGUGGGGCCAUUUUUUUUGAAUUGCCCGAGGAUGGCGCAAGAUAGCGCCAUCCUCGGGCAAUUACUAUAGAAAACAUAGAGGGAUUAAGCCAAGCAACAAAAGUUUUAUUAUUUCCAGGUCUUUUAGCACUGAAGAAUCAAGCAAACUUUUAGAUAAAACUAAUGACGAAGAGCCUGAAUACUUAAGAGAUAUGAUAGGUACGACUGAUAAUGCCACAAAUUUUAUGCAAAAGUUACUCGGAAUUUUCCCAAAUUUAUAUACAGCAGCCGAGUAUUUUUAUUAUCAGAGGGCUGAGUUAUUGUUUGAUGAGUUUGAAGAAUCCUCUCGAGCUCUUGGUUUAGGCUCAGAAUUUUUAGAAUUUGAUUUAAUUUUCCAUGAACUCAGAGAUGGGGAAGGAAUUAGCAAAGAUAAAUUCAUCAAUGUGCUGGAAGAAUCGCAGCAUAUUGAUGAGUAUGAUAAUUUUUGUUAUGAAGAGUUAUCGAAUAAUUUAGAAAGCAAUCAUAUCUGCCCACCCAUUUUUGAAAGAAGUUUAAGAAUUUCCCCGGUAAAAUUUAUAUCCACUUUAAAUAGGAAAUCUUUAAACACUUCAAUUAGAGAAAAAGAGCAUCUGAAGAGAAAAUAUUCUGACCAAAAUUCAUUUAAAACAAAAGAAACAAAAGCUUUAAAAAUCAUUGAAGCGAAUUAUUGUGCUAUAAAAUCAUGCGACUCUUUUGCACAUAAAAAUUCUUGUUAUUGUUCGAAACAUUUAGAUAAAUUAAUAACGAAAGCAAGACUUUUUAUUUCUAGGAUAAAAUCUCAUUUGCCAAGUCCAAGAUCAGAAGAAAUGGUUAACGCUUUUAUAAAGGAUUUGAAAAAGGAUACAAAUAUCAAAAACCUGAAAAACGAAAUCGAAUGCCGGGCGCCUGGGCAGCUUUUCACAGAUCAUGAUAUUGCUGCACUGCAAGAAUUUCUAAAACUUCCUACUCCAAAGCAGCAAUUUAAAGUAAAAAACACAGAUUUUAAUGAAUGUUUGAAAGAACUGAGUAGACCUAACAGGAAAUUUUCCCCCUCACAAGGCUUUUCGCCACUUUUAGGCUCCUUUCGAAUUGGGUACUCAGAAAUACGCAAGAAUGGUAAUACACCUCAUUUAACUCCUAAGAAAAGUUCAUCUGGAAAUUCAUUAAGUAGAUCCCCUGUAAGAAGAAUUAUUAGACUGAGAUAA